UUGCAGCAGGAAAACAAACAUGGCGUCCGGGCAGCAAUGGGUGUUGGUGGAAAUGGUUCAGGCGUUUUACGAAGCUCCUGCGUAUCACCUGAUCCUGGAGGGGAUCCUCAUCCUGUGGAUCAUCAGACUCCUCUUCUCUAAGACCUACAAACUCCCCGAGACCUACAGACUGACAGAGAAGGAAAAAGAGGACCUGAUUGAGGAGUGGCAGCCGGAGCCACUGGUUCCUCCUGUUUCUAAAGACCACCCCUCCCUCAACUAUGACGUCGUCACUGGACCUCCCAGCCAUAACAUCAUCAUAAAUGGAAAAGAGUGCAUCAACUUUGCAUCCUUUAACUUCCUCGGUCUCCUCGACAACGAGCGGGUCAAGCAAAAAGCUUUGACCUCCCUGAAGAAAUAUGGCGUUGGUACGUGUGGUCCGAGAGGAUUCUACGGGACGUUUGACGUUCAUCUGGAGCUGGAGAGCCGUCUGGCCAAGUUCAUGAAAACUGAAGAAGCCAUCAUCUAUUCGUACGGCUUUGCAACCGUGGCUAGUGCGAUCCCGGCGUACUCCAAGAGAGGAGACAUCAUCUUUGUGGAUGAAGCCGCCUGUUUCUCCAUCCAGAAGGGUCUCCAGGCGUCCCGCAGCUUCAUCAAAUACUUCAAACACAACGACAUGGAGGACCUGGAGCGGCUGCUGAAGGAGCAGGAGCUGGAGGACCAGAAGAAUCCACGUAAAGCUCGAGUGACCCGGAAAUUCAUUGUGGCGGAGGGUCUGUACAUCAACACCGCUGACAUCUGUCCGCUCCCUGAACUGGUGGAGCUGAAGUACAAGUACAAGGUGCGGAUCUUUCUGGAGGAGAGCAUGUCGUUUGGGGUUUUAGGAGAACACGGCCGAGGAGUCACCGAACACUUCGGGGUCAACAUUGAUGACAUUGAUCUGAUCAGUGCUAACAUGGAGAACGCUGUGGCCUCUAUCGGGGGAUUCUGCUGCGGACGCUCCUUUGUCAUCGACCACCAGCGUCUGUCGGGUCAGGGUUACUGUUUCUCCGCCUCUCUGCCCCCCAUGCUGGCUGCUGCUGCCAUCGAGGCUCUCAGCAUCAUGGAGGAGGAUCCAGAUAUUUUUACCGUCCUGAGGGAAAAGUAACAUGUUCACAAGGCGUUACAGGGGACUCCAGGUGUGAAGUUAGUGGGUGUCCCGUUGGCUCCGGCUCUUCACUUGCAGCUGGAGAAAAGUUCUGGAUCCAGAGACUCAGACAUGCAGCUGCUGCGCUCCAUCGUAGAUUAUUGUUUAGAAAGAAAUGUGGCUGUGACUCUUGCUCGUUAUCUGGAGAAAGAGGAGCGAUUUCUCCCCCCACCCAGUAUCAGGGUGGUGGUGACGGUGGAGCAGACGGACGAGGACAUCCAGAAGGCCGUCACCUGUAUCAGAGACGCAGCUUCAGCUCUCAUUAAGUGAUGAUGAUGUCAUCAGGAACACCUGAGCUUCAGCAGGAGUCCCUUCAGGAGGGCAGGAGGGACCUGACGCUCUUAUUUACAGACUGUGAGCGCUGCACCCUGAAUGUGUCACGAGGAUCACCAUUGAUUUACACAUUGUAUGUUCUAGAUUUGAUUUUUUUUUUUUUUUGCGUCUUUGAUUAUUAUUUCUCUUUGCUCUCGUGCAUCAUGUGCCAUAAACGCACCACAGCUCCGACAUGUCGUGUGUUAUGAUGAAUGUACGUUUUCUCCGUUAGCCUUGAAUCAUAAU